GCCUGUGUAUGUUAUACUCUGUUAACCACGGAGACCCAAAGGUCGGUCCUUCUCUAACUGAGCCGCUGCGCUCCCCGCUCUCACAGUCUCUGCCUCCUCUCCUGCUGGAUCGUCGUGAGAGGGGCUAUGGAGCACAGCAACAAUCGCCCCGAGGACUUCCCGCUCAACGUGUUUUCUGUCACUCCUUACACCCCCAGUACGGCCGACAUCCAGGUGUCCGACGACGACAAGGCGGGGGCCACUUUGCUUUUCUCGGGGAUCUUUCUAGGACUGGUGGGGAUCACGUUCACUGUCAUGGGCUGGAUCAAGUACCAGGGCGUCUCCCACUUUGAAUGGACCCAGCUCCUCGGGCCCAUCCUCCUCUCAGUCGGAGUGACGUUCAUCCUGAUCGCUGUGUGCAAGUUCAAAAUGCUUUCCUGCCAGGGGUGCACCGAAGGCGAGGAGAGGGGCCUGGACUCGGACCAGACUUCGGGAGGACAGUCCUUCGUGUUCACCGGCAUCAACCAGCCCAUCACCUUCCACGGGGCCACCGUGGUACAGUACAUUCCUCCUCCAUAUGGUGCUCAGGAGCCUCUGGGGAUGAAUGCCGCCUACCUGCAGCCCAUGAUGAACCCUUGCGGUCUCGGCCUCGUACCUUCCAGCGGAGCAGUGGCGGCCACCCCAAGCCCCCCUCAGUACUAUACUAUCUACCCUCAAGACAACGCUGCAUUCGUGGAGAACGAGGGCUACCCUCCUUUCGUGGGUGUUAGAAACGACAGGCCCAGCUCUGAUGCUAACCAGCCAGAAGGGAUGCAGAUGGAAGAAGAGGACUCGGUCCGUUUCUCGCCUCCCCCCUAUGAGGAGAUAUAUACGCCCUCCCUCGCUAGAGACUGUAACGUUCAGGGAAUGGGCAUCUAAGUCAUUGUGAUGUGAUACUUGGAGAGAUGGAUGUCGUGACCUUCAGAAGUUAGAUGCCAAAGCAGCUCAGGCGACCUUACAGAUGUCAUUCAAGGUGGGAAAGAAGUGGAAAGGAAGGGUGUGAAACGUACCCCUUAAAUUAAGCUGCCCCGGGUUAAUUCUCAUGUGCUACAGGUUUGAAUUCUCUCAGCUAAGAAAUUCUCUGCAGCUGGAGGCAUCACUUAGUGGUAGAAUGAAAUGUAGCAUGCUCAGUGCCUGGGGUUUGAUCUCUAGUGCCAGGAAAACGAAAACAAAACCAAGUAAGAUCCCUCGGCUUAAGGUCCAGGAGGAAAACGGCACCCGUUUCCCCAUCCCCCACCCUGUCUCCAUUUCAAGGCAUUAGUGCCUUGGGAGUUUUAACUCCAGAGGCCAUGGCAGCUUUCUGAGUGAUACACUGGGACUGGAGAGGAAGUAGGCCCAACAGGGAUUUCCCCCCACCCAUGCUGGGCCUCCCAAAAUGGACUUACUUCUCCCAAACAACCUGGUUGCUAUGUGAUCUCCCUUGAAGCCUUUGGAUCUUGAAAAGUCUGUAAAAGAAAUAAAGAGGGGAAACCCAUUAACAAAUAAAUGAAUAAAUGGAGUGGAAUAAAAUAA